ACUAUGGAUCUCCAGCCCACCAAACAUAACCGGAUUAAUAUGUCUUCAUAUCUACACCUUAUGUUGUCAUCAUGUGUACAAUAUACACAAUAAAACUGAAGUUAUAUAUUCAUUGUUUUAUUUACCUUUAGUUUUUUGGUGAGAACUCAUGGAGGGUUUGCCGGCAGAUUGCAUAGCUGACAUAUUGUCCCGAGGGUCACCACGCGAUGCUUGUAGGUCCGCGGUGGUGGCUUCGGUCUUUAGAGUGGCUGUAGAGUCGGACGUGUUGUGGGAUAGGUUCUUACCACCUGAUCACGAAGAAAUCAUAUCGGAAAGCGUGUCUCCGGUGAAGUAUAAAUCUAAGAAGGAGCUUUUCUUUAAACUUUCUAGUCCACUUUUUAUUGAUCAUGGCCUCAAGGCAUUCUCUAUAGACAAAGCAACGGGUAAAAAGUGUUACAAGCUAAGUGCAAGAAAGCUUUACAUUGCUUGGUCAGCCAAUCCUCUCUUUUGGUGUUGGAAACCCGUUAUCGAAUCAAGAUUUGCUGAAGUUGUAGAGCUUAGAAUGACAAGUUGGCUUGAAAUAGAAGGAAAGAUCGACACCCGCAUUUUGUCACCAAACACAAUGUAUAGAGCAUAUCUGAUUGUUAAAGUCGCUCAUCAUCGUGCCUAUGGUUUAGAUGUUGUACCAUGUGAGGUUUUGGUUGAAGUUGGUGAAUUUUGUUCGCGAGGGACGGUAACAUUGUCUCACAAUGCAUGCGUGAAACGAUCAUUAGAGCGUGUUUGUGGUGAAAACAAGGUUGAAGAAGGUUCAAGAUCAAGAUUUGAAGACAAUGUUGCUAGGGUUGGUUUGGAGAGAAAGGAUGGAUGGUUGGAGAUAGAAUUGGGUGAGUUUUACAACCAGGGAAUGUGUGAAGAGGAGGUUAAAAUGAGCUUAAGAGAAAUUAAUGGUGUUCACUUGAAAGGUGGGCUUGUUGUUGAAUCACUUGAAAUCAGGCCCAUCUAGUAAGGAUCAUGAUAAACAAUUUUCAUAGAAAAAAAAAAACAAAAUAUGAAGUUUUGUGUAUUGGGUUUUCUGAACCA